CAGGUGGGAGAGGCGGAGAGUGCUGGGGCGCAGGGGCACGGGCGCAGGGUGCAGGGGCACGGUGCAGGACGCGGGGCGCAGGGGAGGGGGCGGAGGGGUGAGGUUCAGGGGCGCGGCAGGGAGCGACCCCCGGGGGCGCACCUGGAGGCCCGGCCGGAGGUGGAGCGCGCGGCAUGGGUUGCGGACCUUCCCAGGCUGCUGAGGACCAGACACGCGUCCCCGCGCCCAAGAAGGGCUGGGAUGAGGGAUUUAAGGCUGAUGUCGGUGUGACUUAUUCCGGGGAGAACCUCGGGCCCCAGAUUGGAGCUGAAUUACCCAAGGACGCUUUGAGCAGCCCCGAGGGCCUGGAAAUACAGGCUCGGUUGGGAAGUUUACCUGGAACCACAACAGAAAGUCCCCCAUUUCUUAGUGAAAGAAACAGAGGAAUAAAUUCAGACCUAGUGACCGGUGGAUUAAUCCAUAACCCCCAAGCCCCCGAGACCCAAGAGCGACAAAAGUCAUCAGACAUCCUGGAGGAAUUAAUUGGUCAAGGAAUAAUACAAAGCCACAGCAAAGUACUUAGAAAUGCAGAAUCUUAUGAUGUCAUGGCAAACACGACCGAGAGGCCUCUGAGAAAGCCUCCAGCCAGGCUGAAAAAACUUCAGCUCAAAAAGGAAGCAAAGGCUUUCACAACGAACGAUCUAGAAGAGAAGGUGCGAGCGGUGGAGACGCACAAGAAGACUAAAGAAGAAGAAAUAAGAAAAAGGCUAAGGAGUGACCGACUUUUGUCCCCAGCCAAUCAUUCAGAUGCAGCUGAGCCGGACGGGGCUGAGGUUCUGUUUGCCAAAGGACCUCACGCUGUGAGUUCUGCUGUGUUUGAGUCUGAGCCGUCUGACCCGCAGGGAGGAAAGCCUUUGAAAGGGAAGAAGAGUCCUACAGCAUCGAGUGAUAGAAACUUCAAUUAUGAAGGAUUUGGGGUGGUGGAGUCAGAUGUGUCUUACAACCAAGCAGAUGAUGUAUUUGAAUAAGCCAUCUUAUGUGGAUUUCAUGAAGAGACAUCCAUUCUCCCUGACUGUGACAAUUUUAGUCUGUCUCGUGUUUUUCUGGAGGCCUGAUCUCACCCCACUGGGAUUUGCCAUGGUUUAGGAACGAUUGUAUAAUCUGCAUGGGCUGAACUUGGCUGAGUCAAUUCAAUAUCUAUGCUAGCUAGCAAAAGGGGGGGGGGGGAUACCCAGGAAGAUCUGACUGGCUUCCACAUUAUAAAGUUGGCAUUCUCUUCCAGUGAGGCUUCAGACGCUAUGAAGACAUCUUCAUGAAUACUUUCCAGCUUACGUUAAUGUGUUUGUGCCAGAUGAAACCCUUCUUUUUUGCUCCUGCCCCUUGGCCAUGUCCACCCUCUGAGGGUCCCUUCAGACAAACCGCACAGAUUUGUAUCACGUGUUUGAAUGCUUAUCUGUGUGUUUCGUUAUUUCUUCUCAUUCUGUGUUGUGAAGGAUGGAAAGCAGUAUCUUGAAGCUGUUUGAAUUACACUUUCAUCCAUACAGCUUAAGGAAGCAAUAUCCAAUUCAGAGAAUUAAGUAUGAAAAAAGACAAACUUCACUAGGCUCUAGGGGUGGGGGAUGUCCCGGAGGGGGGUACAGUGACAGGAGGCCCUGUGCCUAAUUCCCCCAUGGGAGUCUGACAGGUUUAUAUUCUUUUUUUUUAUUUAUUUAUUUGUUUAUUUAUUUUGAGAGAGAAAACGUGUGUGCAAGCAGGGGCGUUGCAGAGAGAGAGAGAGGGCGAGAGAGACUCCCAGGCAGGAUUCCCAGGCCCCAUGUGGGGCUCAAUCCCAUGAACCGUGAGAUCAUGACCUGAGCUGAAAUCAAGAGCCUGGCACUUAACCGACUGAGUCAUUCAACUGGAUCUCUACAAAGGUUUCCUUGGUCCCUCUACCACAGUCCUCUGAUCAAAACCCUUUCCUGGGUGCCUUUCAUGGUCAAAACGGAGUCCAGAACCCUUUCUGUGACUGGUAAGGAUCUCUGCUUUCACAAUUCACUUGUGCUGAACUUGAGCCCCUCAGACUCAUCACACAGCUUCCCCUCCGCUUCAGGGUCUUUGCACGUGCAGCUCCCCUCUUGCCCUCUCUCCCUCUCGCUGCUGGAGCCGACUAAUGCCUUCUUGUUGUUUGUGUCUCCACUCAGACCUCUUAGUCCAAAGCUCCCGGUCUGGGUUGGUGCCGCUCUCUUCCAGUUGACUUUCGGCACCCUGGCCCACUCACCUCUGCACUUGCCACCCACUUGAAAUCGCCUGAUAGGUUUUCAGCUCCACCACGAGAUAUUUCGGUUUUAGCAGAACAGGAGAUGAGUGUCUUGUUCACAGUUGCAUUUUUUUGUCCCUCCGAAGGUGAAUGGCACAUCAUAAGUGCCGUGUAAAUAUUUUGUUAGUGGAUGCGUCGGUGUCCCCACACAUCUCCCAGAAGCAGGACAGCCCCCAAAGAUGGGAACCGGUGGCUGGGGACAGUGCAAUUUGACUGGAGGGCCACGAGGCACCUGCUGCUUAUGCAUUCCCUUUGGGAUAUUGUAGGAUUCGGGAUCCGGUAGCCAGGUAUGAUGGUGGUAUGAUGGAGGGACUUCUUUCAAAACCCAUUCCGGAUCCCAAACCUUUAAGAACCACGAUCUCCUUCUUACAAUGUGACCUGCAGAGCCCUGGUCCAGGGCAGUCUGUGUCUCCAUUACCUUAUAUGUUAAUUUGGGAUAACCGCUUCCAUCAACCCAAAUGAAAUAAUGGGUCUAAAAGUACUGUGUAAACUAGAAUAUGCCAUAAUAUUAUAGAAUGCUAUUUAUGUAAAACCCCAGGUGGCCAACAUGAUGUUUUCCAUAUUGUCCUGAGAUUUUUUUUCUGGCAGCUAUCUUGUGGUGACAUGUGAUAUCUUACAAAAUAUUACAGUAGCUGAAAUGAUUGCAGUAGGCCACUUCGAAAGGAUUUAGGUAUCAUUCAGAUCUCUGUAAAUAAAAAAAUUUAAAUGGUCCAAAUAUAC